AUGAACAGCAUUUACAUUAUUAUACUUGGGAUGAUCUUGUUCGAGUAUGUCGACUGUAAAAAACAACUGCCUUCAUUUGUGGAACAAUGUUACUAUGAUCAAACUUUAAAUGAUUGUAUCAUAAGAAAUAUAAAUAAAUUAAAACCGAAGGUUAAGAACGGAAUCCCAGAACUUGGAAUUCCUUCGCUAAAUCCUUUAAAAGCACCAGGAGCUACUCUAGUGUCAGACGGAAAUAUGAAGCUCGUAUUGAGAAAUCUAAAUAUAUAUAAUAUCUACCAAUUCGAUUUAAUAGAUUUUAAGCAUUAUCGUAAUAACCUCACUGACUUUUUUGAGUAUUACCUUCCCGAAAUUCAAUUGAGAUCGGAUUACAUCUUACAAGGACAAUUUUUAUUGUUCAAUUUGGACAGCAGCGGUAAAAGCUUAAUAACCCUUGCUGGUGUACAUGCCAAACAUUUAGUAAAACUACAAAAAAUAAUGAAACAUGGAGAGGAACACCUUAAAAUUAAUAAAACUGAAACAACAAUAGAAGUUAAUGAUAUGCAUGUCCAAUUGGAUGAUCUGUUCAAAAAUAAUCCAGAAUUAUCUGAUAGUGCCAAUAAACUGGUGUCAGAAAAUGCAAAAUCUUUAUUACCAGAUUUAGAAAUGGUGCCGAAAAUGUUUGGAGAAAUUGUAGGCAACCUCGUAGAGAAAGUCUACAAUAAAUUUUCUGUUAAUGAACUUUUACCUGUAAGGCCUCAUUAG